AUGUCCGCCGACGCCGAUUCACGCGCAGAAGGCGCGUUAGCAGCAUGGCAGCCCGAAUAUGGCGUGGGCAACUGUCACAUCUCGCGUGAGCUUAAAAAGUACAAUGACCUCCCCAACUCACAUUUUGUGCUGUUAUGUAGUCUGGCCAAAGUAAUUAGUCACUCAAGGAACGACAUGACGAACACUGUUUCCAUUGUCAGUGUCUGCGAACCAGAUGGCCGAGCAGUCAUCACGCCCAUCUCCAACAUGGAUGAUUAA